AUGAUGUUGGCAGAUUUGAGAGAGAAAGAGAAACUUAUAAAUUAAAGGGAAUAGUAAAUUAAAGAUUUUAGAAUGAAAAAUGUUCAUCUGCAAAAUUUCUAAAAAGUAUACGAUUAUAGAGUUAACACUCUAAAGGAUGAAAGAGAGAAUUUGAUGGAUCAUCUGAAAACUAUGGAAAAACACGUUAAGAAUCUUUAUAAUGAAUUGCUAGAAGAAUCAGGAUUAAAGCAAUCUAGAAUUGAAGAAGAAAGAAAAUUAAUUACAGAUCUCAAUAUACUUAAAAACCAACUAAAGUCGGCUUAACUAAAUAUGGACAACUUUAAGUCUUCUAUACAAACAUUAAUUAAUAGUGACACUGGAGAUUGGCCAGAGAAACUAGAGGAAUUGUAUCAUAUGGUGCAGAAAGAUAAUAGUAAGGCAAUCGCUAUUAAAAAUCCUGUGUUUUAAGAAACAUUGAAGGAUAUGUAAAAGGAUCCUCUAUAAUAACAGAUUGAUCAAAGCUAACAAAAUGCUAUUUAUAAAGCAUUAUCAAGUCAGAAGUAUUAUUUACAAUAAAGUCUCUCUGAAGUUGAGGCUUCAGCGAAAUAUCAACUUAGCCAAAGAGAAGUAGCAUAUGACACCAUUUAAGAUUAAAACAAACACCUCAUAAAGUAAUGCAAGGAAUUGAGAGAGAAGAAAUAGGAACUAAAAUCAUAAUUAGAUAGCAUGAACAAAGAAUAUAGAGAGAAGAAGAGAGAAAUAAAUAAUUAGGGCAUAGAAAUUCCAGAAGAAAAUGAAGAUGAUAAUCAGUUUGCCAGAACCUACGCCACAACUUUUACUUCAAUUACAAGAACACCAGGGACAAAAUCUCAAUAAAAUUUCAGAACUAAAUUAUUAGAAAUGUAGGAUGAUAAUUAUUCAAUUUUAAUAUUUAUUUUAAUAUAAAAAUACUCUAUUAAACAAUAAUGA